AUAAAACGAAAACGAAGCAGCUUUUGAGAAAGUUAUUGUCGGUGUGGACAAUUAUACUUUUACCAGUCACACAUCAAAAUAAACAAAUCCGCAUUUGCUAUCGGAGUACGUCGAAGGGACGAGCCGGGAAAUAUGUCCAGACUUCUGAUGGCCGCUCCAUCGCGGCUGGCGCGUGAGUUGCGCUAUACUCGAUUCAACAAAUUUCCGAUCUUUAACCGGCAUUUCGCCGCGAAGUCCACAUGCAAGGGUGCACAGGAGAAGAAGCCUCCACCGAAGCCGGGCUACUUUCCGAGCGGCGGCACUCAUGCCACCUUCGAUGAUUUGCCCAAGCCCCAGGGUGAUUUCAUGAAGGAAUGGAAGGCCAAGAACUCUAGAUACAAUAUGGCAUUAUUGAGCGGCAUUGCAGCGUUUGUUGGCACCCUUUUCCUCUGCAUCACAUCGGAGGAUUUUCGAUUGUAUUACGAUAUACCGGACUAUCCGUACACUGAGGAUGAGAUGGAGGAGUUCGCCAAGGAGGAGGAGCGUCGCGAGCAGGAGAAGGAGGAGCGCGAACAGCGCCGUCAAGAUCGACUGGAUGCCAAGGAGCUGAAAGUGCGACGCCGCAAGGCCAAGGAGGCCAUGAGCCGUGAGGUGGAGCUGAUGCAGAAGGAUCUCGAUGAGGGCGAUUUGGAUGAAGGUGAGAUGGCCGAGCUCAUUCAGCUGACCCAGGAUCGCGAGGAGUUCGAAGCCUAUGAGCGGGAGGAAUUGAAACGGCUCGCCGAACAGGAGAAGGAGCGCGAAAAGAUCAAAAAGGAAAAGGAAAAAGCCAGGCAGGAGCAACAAAAGCAGCGCGACAAGGAACGCAAGGAGCGCGAGAAAGGCACUGCAUAGACGAAUUCAAAAGAACAGCUAAAACAUCAUCGAACUACAUCAACAACAAUGUUACCCAUUAUAUGUUAACACAUUAUGUAUUAUUAAUGUCCACUUGCUUCCGGCAUGAUCACCAACAACAGCAGCUAAGGUCACAAGGAACACA